GUUCAUUCCCAAAGUCUCCGGACUGGGCGCGCGCUCACAUCUGAACAGUCGCGCGUCGCAGCAGCCUUCUUCUGUGAGACCAGGACAGACACUGGCACGAGACCUCUGCUCCACAUCUGCUCCAGCUCUGCCCGGGACCAGGACCCAUGUGGCAAUGGUGAUUGACAGAUGAUCUGACAGAGGAAGACAUCAGACUCCGUCUCCGUGCCGGUUAUUAUGGGGUGUGCCUGUUGCAAACAGAAGAAGUCCGCCAAAGCAGCAGCAGCAUCAGUAGCAACAGCAGACAUUACAGAUCUGUCUCCUAGCAACACAGAUGGAGGCUUGUCCACAGCCCUGACUCAGGGCCGUUACUGUCCCGACCCCACUCAGACCAUCCCAGACUUCAACAAAGGCUUCUCGUGCAGCACCGUCUUCCCCAACACCAACACAAACCAACGGCCUGGAGGCAUAACAAGCGGAGGAGUCACUCUCUUUAUAGCUUUGUACGACUAUGAUGCUCGCACUGAAGAUGACCUUACUUUCCAGAAAGGAGAGAAAUUUCAAAUCAUUAACAACACAGAGGGCGACUGGUGGGAGGCUCGAUCUUUGGACACGGGCAACUCAGGUUACAUCCCCUCCAACUACGUAGCUCCUGUCGACUCCAUACAAGCAGAGGAGUGGUAUUUUGGGAAGAUGGGGAGGAAGGAUGCGGAGAGACAGCUGCUGGGUCAUGGCAACCAGAGGGGAACUUUCCUCAUACGUGAGAGCGAGACCACCAAGGGUGCUUACUCUUUGUCUAUCCGUGACUGGGAUGACACCAAGGGAGACCACGUCAAGCACUAUAAGAUCCGAAAACUGGACAAUGGUGGCUACUACAUCACCACAAGGUCACAGUUUGACACUGUGCAGCAACUGGUGGAGCACUACACAGAGAGAGCAGCAGGACUAUGCUGCCGUUUGAUUGGCAGUUGUAAGCGGGGCAUGCCUAAGCUGGCUGACUUAUCAGUGAAGACCAAGGAUAUGUGGGAGAUUCCCAGAGAAUCCCUCCAGCUGAUUAAGAAACUGGGCAACGGACAAUUUGGAGAAGUCUGGAUGGGCAUGUGGAACGGCACCACCAAGGUAGCUGUGAAGACUCUGAAGCCAGGAACCAUGUCCCCCGAGGCCUUCCUGGAGGAGGCUCAGAUCAUGAAGAGACUGCGCCAUGACAAGCUGGUGCAGCUCUAUGCAGUUGUGUCUGAAGAGCCCAUCUACAUUAUCACUGAGUUCAUGAGCCAAGGAAGUUUGCUGGACUUCUUAAAAGAUGGCGAAGGCCAGAGUCUGAAGCUUCCUCAGUUGGUGGACAUGGCGGCACAGAUUGCAGCUGGAAUGGCAUACAUCGAAAGGAUGAACUACAUCCAUCGUGACCUGCGAGCAGCUAACAUCCUUGUUGGAGACAAUCUGGUGUGCAAGAUUGCUGACUUUGGCCUGGCUAGGCUCAUCGAGGACAACGAGUACACAGCCCGACAAGGGGCUAAGUUUCCUAUCAAGUGGACGGCUCCAGAAGCUGCUCUUUAUGGACGUUUUACCAUCAAGUCAGAUGUAUGGAGCUUUGGUAUCCUGCUAACUGAACUCAUCACUAAGGGACGUGUGCCAUAUCCAGGCAUGAACAACCGUGAGGUGCUGGAGCAGGUGGAGAGAGGCUACCGGAUGCCCUGCGCCCCGGGCUGCCCUGCCUCGCUCCAUGAACUGAUGCUGCAGUGCUGGAGGCGGGAGGCCGAUGAGAGGCACACUUUUGAAUACCUGCAGUCCUUCUUGGAGGAUUACUUCACUGCCACAGAGCCUCAGUACCAGCCGGGAGAAAACCUGUGACCACAUACUGUACACACCGAGACAAGGAGAAAUAAAUAAAUGGACCAGCAGGAAAAGACAUAGACAUAGAAAGAAUCCUCAGUGACAGGCAUGUCAUAGCACAAUAUACAUUUAAGUCACUCACACUGUACUUGGACACAUAGACACACUCAACAGAAUACAUAUCAUUGCCUUGUUUAGUUUUUUUUUUUAAGACAAUUCCUUUAUAUUGGCCAUCAAUCACUGCAGCCCAUUCAGGACAGAUCAGUCCACCAUGUUGAAGAGCAGAGUCAGAGCUCUGCUGGUCAGGCCUUGCAGUAAUGUUGCUUUACUCUGUAACCAUGACAACAAGGAACUGAAAGAAGAUGUAGAUGGUUGUGUUGGGAGUGGGGGGGUUGAGUUGGUACAUGAUCUGCUCGACUGCCAUAUAUGUUCAGUGCUUUUGUCUUGUGUUCCUAUGAAGAAUAUUUACCUGUAUUUAAUAUGCUGCAGCUGCAACAGGUUUUUAGGCAACAGCUGGAAUGCAGUUAAAAUACAGCUGCAACUUGUAUGGUAAUUGGAAGAUUACAUAUGCAUGUAAGAAAAAGACUCACCCUCACUCUUAACCUUUUUUUGUUUCUUGUUUUGAUUUAUGUACCUUUUCAUUUGUUUUAGGAAAUUCUGAAAUGCUGAGGAAUGAUCUUUGUCUGAUAAUGUUUAGGAUGAUUCAGGACAGUUAUGUAUGAACUGUCUGUAUUGUUUUAAUUUAACUCCGAUAUAUCUGUGCAUCCCAAAGACUUCUAUAUCUAGUUAACAUAUCUAUAUAUGUGUAUAUAUAUAUAUAGAUAUAUUUAGUUUUCAUCCACUGGGAGGGCAGGGUGAAAUGUUACGCAUAAAGGCAAAAGGACAAUAUCAGGGCUUUAUUAUAUGUUUUAACUAGAAUGAAACCUUUAUGCUGAGAUUUCUCUGUCAUAUAAUUGUAAUAAAGAUCAGAUAUCUUUUGCAGUUUAA